UCAAUUCUCUUAUAUUACAUUAAUCUUUUUUUUUCAUUAAUUAAAAAUGGAGUCAUUGAAAAAAAUGGUAGCUGAAAAGCCAGUGGUUAUGUUUAGCAAAAGCAAGUGUUGUAUGUGUCACACUAUAAAGACACUUAUAUCAAGUUUUGGUGCUAAUUUAACUGUAUAUGAAUUGGAUGAACUUCCCAAUGGGCUACAAGUGGAGCGAGCUCUGCUGAUGCUAGGCCGAAGGCCUAGCGUGCCAGCAGUGUUUAUUGGACAAGAAUUAAUUGGCGGUGCCAAUGAGAUUAUGAGUCUUCAUCUAGAGGGAAAUCUUGUUCCGCUACUCAUGAAAGCUAAAGCUCUUUGGCUAUAGUGUAUAUAUAUAUAUAUACACUUUUUUUUCUUGCUUUACAUAUCUAGUAUGCGAAAUUUACUGGCAUGAUUAGUUCAGACUCACGCUAGUAAAACUACAAUAUAUCAUGUAGAAAGUGCAUAUUAACACCUUGUAAGUUUGGUUUUUCUUAAUGUUUGUGGAAUUGAGCAUCUUUUAUUUAGUAUGCUCAAUGAAAACUCUGUUUUCUCAAACAAGUGUCUUUUAAUGUAUCUUUAAGCAUUGUAAUAAUAAAUUAUAUACAAUGCCAUACUUCAACAUGACUUGUCAUUCUCUUUUAAUUUUUUUUUUUAGAUGCUUGAGUAUGAAGUUGUGUCUCCUCGAGACGUGAAUCCAGAAUUUAAAGUUUGUAGAUUCGGGAUUUAUUCAAAAAGUAAAAUAUGUGAUAUUUGUAUAAUGAUCCUGCCUUGUGAGUUGAAAGCAAGAUAGAUUUAAAAAGGGUUAAAAGAACAACUUGGCUCUCUUUUAUUUGCCACAAAAAAGAAAAUAAAUUACAUUGACCUCCAGUUCAACAAUUCAAAAAACAAGUUACGAGUUAGCUCAUCCUAUAAAAUUAGUUUAAAUAUACGUCAGCUAACUUGAAUAUCAUGAUAAUUAUAUAAAAAGGAAAAUAUAGAGACAAGGGGUGUGUUGCGUUCCGAACACUAACUCACAAACUCAUUCUUUUUGCCACCCAAACCCCAAGGAGUAUGAUUGUAUUUAUAGGUGGCACUGAAUUCGUGCAGGUUAAAAUGAGCUGAGUUAAUAAAUCGACAGGUUAUUGAUCCAUCCAAAACUUACUUGGACUGAAAUGGACUAAAACGUGAAUCAUAACUCAACCUGUCCAACUUACUUUUAUAAUUUUCUAGUACCUUUUUAAAUGUAUAUAAAUUGUCUUGAAGUUAAAGAGUACAAAAGUCAAAAAAUCAAAACUAUUGAUAUUUCACAAAUGUAGACAAAAAAGCAAACAAAAUGUUUAGUUAUUUCCUCAACCACACAGAAAGACAAGGUGAUGAGAAAGCCCCUCCCUCUAAGACUACUCAAAUCAGACACAAAACAAAUUUCCAAUUCCAUGGCGUCAGCAACAGCUCCACCAGCUCCAUUCACCUUUCUUACAAGGAACCAAACCAAUAAUGAGCACAGAACAGAUACCAGAUGGUUGACAACAAAACAAAGAAGACGCCGUGUUGGCUUACAAGUUUAUGCAAAAGAAGAAGGGGCUACUGGGCGACAACGUGCUCCUCCUGGUGUUGACACAAGAAUUCACUGGGAAAACGAAGAUGAAGGAUGGGUAGGAGAGAGUAAGUCACGGUCCACACAAGAACGAAUCAAAACAGACGAAAAGAAUCUCUUUGAUGAAAAAUUCUCAGACCUCCUCAACAGUUCAGCUAAUUCUCACUACCAGUUCUUGGGAGUAUCUGCAACAGCUGAUCUAGAGGAAAUUAAAGCUGCAUAUAGGAGGCUAUCAAAGGAGUAUCAUCCAGACACAACUAAUCUUCCUAUAAGAGCAGCAUCAGAGAAAUUUAUGAAACUAAGAGAAAUUUAUGAUGUCCUGAGUGAUGAGGAACAACGACGAUUCUAUGAUUGGACACUAGCUCAGGAGACAGCAAGUCGAGAAGCAGAGAAAA